GACAGGGACCGGGCCGGGGCGACCCGCAAGAUGUCCUCGGCGGUGGGGCCCCGCGGUCCCCGGCCACCCACGGUGCCUCCCCCCAUGCAAGAGCUGCCCGACCUGAGCCACCUGACCGAGGAGGAGAGGAGCAUCAUCAUGGCAGUGAUGGACCGGCAGAAGGAGGAAGAGGAGAAAGAAGAAGCUAUGCUCAAGUGUGUUGUCAGGGAUAUGGCGAAGCCUGCUGCCUGCAAAACACCAAGAAAUGCUGAAAAUCAACCCCACCACCCAUCACCGAGAUUGCAUCAACAGUUUGAAAGCUAUAAGGAACAAGUGAGAAAAAUAGGAGAAGAAGCACGGCGUUACCAGGGCGAGCACAAAGAUGAUGCCCCAACUUGUGGAAUCUGUCAUAAAACAAAGUUUGCUGAUGGAUGUGGCCAUCUCUGCUCCUAUUGCCGCACCAAGUUCUGCGCCCGAUGUGGGGGCCGCGUGUCUCUGAGGUCAAAUAACGAGGACAAAGUGGUUAUGUGGGUAUGCAAUUUAUGUCGAAAGCAACAAGAAAUCUUAACUAAAUCUGGGGCGUGGUUCUUUGGAAGUGGUCCUCAGCAGCCAAGUCAGGAUGGAACUCUAAGUGAUACAGCUACAGGUGCUGGUUCUGAGGUUCCCAGAGAAAAGAAAGCACGGCUCCAAGAACGAUCGAGGUCUCAGACACCCCUGAGCACGGCAGCUGCCUCCUCACAGGACACUGCUUUUCGCAGCACACAGCCAGACAGCAGUAAAGGGCCUGAACCCUCACAGCCAGCGGUGGGGCUUGACCAGAAGCAGGCUGCCUCCAGGUCUAGAAGUGAACCUCCCAGAGAGAGGAAGAAAACGCCGGGGCUUUCGGAAGCCAAUGGCAAAGGCGCCCCGAAGAGCGAGAAGAAGCGCGUGGCCAGGGGCGCAGCGGCUCCGGGGAGGGGCGAGGGGGCCCCGGAGGAGUGGGCGCGCCGAGAAAGGCGGGAAGGCCGGCGGCUGGAGAAAGGGCGGUCGCAGGAGCACCCCGACGGGUCUCGGAAGCGCGAAGAAGGCGCGACCGAGAAGCCGAGGCAAGGGGAAGAGUACCAGAGCAGGUACCGCAGCGACCCCAACCUGGCGCGGUACCCGGUGCCAGCGGCGCCCGAGGAGCAGCAGAUGCGCAUGCACGCCCGGGUGUCCCGCGCGCGCCACGAGCGGCGACACAGCGAUGUGGCGCUCCCGCGCACCGAGGCGGCGGCGGCGGCCGUGCAACCCGACGGCCAGGCCGGCCAGCGCACGCCGCCGCCCGAGCGGACGGCAGAGGUCAGGGCGCCGCUGGGAGCCAAGCCCGCGACGAGCCGCAGUCCGCCCGCGCCCAGGCAUGGGCUGCCGGUCCCCGCCGAAGCCCCCGAGCCCGUCCGCAAACAGAGCCGCCUGGAGCCCAGCGCGGCGGGGCCCGUGCGCAAGGCCAAGCGCGAGAAAGUGUCGGAGACCAUGCUGCGCAACGACUCGCUGAGCUCCGACCAGUCCGAGUCAGUGCGGCCCUCGCCGCCCAAGCCGCACCGCGCCAAGAGGGGCGGCAAGAAGCGGCAGAUGUCGGUGAGCAGCUCGGAGGAGGAGGGCGUCUCCACGCCCGAGUACACGAGCUGCGAGGACGUGGAGCUGGAGAGCGAGAGCGUGAGCGAGAAAGGUGACUUGGAUUAUUACUGGUUGGAUCCUGCCACGUGGCAUAGCCGGGAAACCUCCCCUAUUAGUUCGCAUCCUGUAACGUGGCAACCAUCGAAAGAGGGGGACCGAUUAAUUGGACGUGUUAUUCUUAAUAAAAGAGCAACCAUGCCCAAAGAAUCAGGUGCAUUACUUGGUUUGAAAGUUGUUGGAGGAAAAAUGACCGACUUAGGACGCCUUGGGGCCUUCAUCACCAAAGUAAAGAAGGGAAGCCUUGCAGAUGUAGUUGGACAUUUAAGAGCAGGGGAUGAAGUUCUAGAAUGGAAUGGUAAACCCCUGCCGGGAGCUACAAAUGAAGAAGUUUACAACAUUAUUUUAGAAUCAAAAUCAGAACCUCAAGUUGAAAUUAUUGUUUCAAGGCCUAUUGGUGACAUUCCACGGAUUCCUGAAAGCUCUCACCCUCCACUGGAGUCUAGUUCUAGUUCUUUUGAAUCUCAGAAGAUGGAAAGGCCUUCUAUUUCUGUUAUUUCUCCAACAAGUCCUGGAGCUCUAAGAGAUGCCCCACAAGUCUUACCAGGGCAACUUUCUGUGAAGCUAUGGUAUGAUAAAGUGGGACAUCAGCUGAUCGUCAAUGUUCUGCAAGCAACAGACCUUCCUUCUAGAGUAGAUGGGCGUCCCAGGAACCCUUAUGUAAAAAUGUAUUUUCUUCCAGAUAGAAGUGAUAAAAGUAAAAGGAGGACUAAAACAGUAAAGAAAAUACUAGAACCGAAAUGGAAUCAAACUUUUGUCUAUUCACAUGUACAUCGUAGAGAUUUUAGAGAACGAAUGUUAGAAAUAACUGUGUGGGAUCAACCAAGAGUACAAGAAGAAGAGAGUGAAUUUCUUGGAGAGAUCCUCAUAGAACUAGAGACAGCACUUUUAGAUGAUGAACCCCACUGGUAUAAACUUCAAACACAUGAUGAAUCUUCACUACCUCUUCCUCAGCCAUCACCUUUCAUGCCAAGGCGACAUGUUCAUGGAGAAAGUUCUAGCAAAAAACUUCAAAGAUCUCAGCGAAUCAGUGAUAGUGACAUCUCAGAUUAUGAGGUUGAUGAUGGUAUUGGAGUAGUUCCUCCAGUAGGUUCUAGAUCUAGUGCUAGAGAAAGUAAAUCUACAACAUUAACUGUGCCAGAACAGCAAAGAACAACUCAUCACCGCUCACGUUCAGUAUCUCCUCAUCGCGGCGAUGAUCAGGGAAGACCACGUUCACGUUUACCAAAUGUGCCAUUACAGAGGAGUUUAGAUGAAAUUCAUCCAACAAGAAGGUCACGAUCUCCAACUAGACACCAUGAUGCCUCCCGAAGUUCAGUUGAUCAUAGAUCCAGAGAUGUGGACAGUCAGUAUUUAUCAGAACAAGACAGUGAGCUUCUUAUGCUGCCCAGAGCAAAACGAGGACGAAGUGCAGAAUGCCUACAUACUACCAGUGAACUGCAGCCCUCCCUUGACAGGGCUAGGAGUGCUAGUACCAACUGCUUGAGACCAGAUACUAGUUUGCAUUCACCAGAACGAGAAAGGGGUAGAUGGUCCCCCUCCCUAGAUAGGAGACGGCCUCCUAGCCCCAGGAUUCAAAUCCAGCAUGCAUCUCCGGAGAAUGACAGGCACUCCAGAAAGUCUGAAAGAGCUAGCAUCCAAAAAAAGACUAGGAAGGGCACUGCCUCUGAUGCAGAAAGGGUAUACUCACCAUGUCUUUCUAGAAGGGGAUACACAGUCCCAAGAGCGACUGAUCAGCCAGUCCUUUGGGGAAAACAUCCUGCUCGCUCAAGAUCAAGUGAGCACUCUAGUAUCAGAACACUGUGUUCUAUCCAGCACCUAGCCCCAGGAGGGUCGGCGCCACCUUCUCAGCUUCUAACAAGGAUGCACCGUCAAGGAAGUCCAACUCAAUCUCCUCCCACAGACACAUCUUUCAGCAGUCGAAGGGGAAGACAGCUACCACAAGUGCCAGUGAGAAGCGGAAGUAUAGAACAAGCAAGCUUAGUAGUGGAGGAGAGAACAAGACAGAUGAAAAUGAAAGUGCAUCGAUUUAAGCAGUCAACAGGGUCUGGUUCUAGUCAAGAACUUGAUCGCGAGCAAUAUUCCAAGUAUAAUAGCCACAAAGAUCAGUAUAGAAGCUGCGAUAACGUCUCUGCCAGAUCAUCAGAUAGUGACCUGAGUGAUGUGUCCGCCAUUUCCCGAACCAGCAGUGCCUCACGUCUCAGCAGCACAAGCUUUAUGUCAGAGCAAUCUGAGCGCCCCAGGGGUAGAAUCAGUUCAUUUACCCCCAAAAUGCAUGGCAGACGGAUGGGGACGUCUGGAAGAGCCAUCGUGAAAAGCACCAGUGUGAGUGGAGAGAUCUACACACUGGAACACAAUGAUGGGAGUCAGUCAGACACAGCUGUGGGUACAGUUGGAUUAGGUGGAAAGAAAAGGAGAUCCAGUCUGAGCGCCAAAGUGGUUGCCAUUGUGUCUCGGAGAAGCAGAAGCACAUCCCAACUAAGCCAAACAGAGUCGGGCCACAAGAAGUUAAAAAGUACUAUACAGAGAAGCACAGAAACAGGAAUGGCAGCAGAAAUGAGGAAGAUGGUCAGGCAGCCAAGUCGAGAGUCUACAGAUGGCAGCAUCAACAGUUACAGUUCUGAGGGCAACUUAAUAUUCCCUGGAGUUCGACUAGGAGCAGACAGUCAGUUUAGUGAUUUUCUGGAUGGACUGGGACCAGCCCAACUUGUUGGACGUCAAACCCUCGCCACACCUGCAAUGGGUGACAUACAGAUUGGAAUGGAGGAUAAAAAGGGCCAGUUAGAAGUGGAAGUUAUUAGAGCACGAAGCCUCACACAAAAGCCUGGUUCCAAAUCUACACCUGCUCCAUAUGUCAAAGUGUACCUUUUGGAAAAUGGGGCCUGUAUAGCCAAGAAGAAGACAAGAAUUGCACGAAAAACCCUUGAUCCUUUGUACCAACAGUCCUUGGUUUUUGAUGAAAGCCCACAGGGUAAAGUUCUUCAGGUGAUUGUCUGGGGCGACUAUGGCAGAAUGGACCAUAAAUGCUUUAUGGGUGUGGCUCAGAUCUUGCUGGAAGAACUUGAUUUGUCCAGUAUGGUAAUUGGAUGGUACAAAUUGUUCCCACCAUCAUCAUUGGUUGAUCCCACUCUCGCUCCUUUAACACGUCGGGCUUCCCAAUCAUCUCUGGAAAGUUCAACUGGGCCUCCUUGCAUUCGAUCAUAAUGAACUCAUACCAGAGUCAUUCCAAUAAAACUACCUUUCAGGAUAAUAAUCUAAACCAUAAAUUUCAUAAUUAACAGCAUUGUUGGAGACAAUCAAUUUUGUGUUCUGCCUGUAAUAGUUUUCCAAUAACAUGUCCCAAUUGUUUAAAACCUGGUUUCAUAUGACAGAACAAGGCAAUCUAUCAAAAUUACACUAAGAGUCAAAAGUGCGAGUGAGUGUCACUGAUGCUUCUAUCAGAUAGAGUAAAGAGAAACUUUCAAUUCAUAUAUGCAUAAGCACACACAUAUACACACACAUUGAAUAAACUGGAAACUCUCACUCUGAAAAGUUGUACUUACAGACCAUGAACUGUUAUUUCUCUGGUGUUUGAGAAGUUUUUGUUCUUUUGUGUGUUUUUGUGUGUUUGUAGGUUUUGAUUUCAUGAGGUUUCUGUUGAUUUUGCUUUUACUAUAUUCAUUAUUUCCACCUUUUAGGCUGUAUCAUGACAAGCCUCAUGAUGCUUACAGAGACCCUUCCUUUCUUUUUCCAAAAGCACCAAACAAAAAGGGCUGAAGCAGUCUCUGUAGCAUCUCCCCCAAAGCAUAUAAUAGCUAUACAAGAUGAGGUCCCUGUGGGGUUCCAUUGGCUUCUACUUUAUAGUUCUUCAAAGUUCUGUAUGAAGAGAGCUAGAAAACUAAAAGCUACCCUCUAAAACAAAUAAUCACAGAAUUACUUCUUUAAAUAAAGAAAAUAUCUGUUUACAUUCUAGAAAAUUAAUUUAUUGACUUUGAAAGAAAUCAAUUUGCAACAAAUUCUAGGAAUGAAACCUUAAGCACAUAAUUGUUCUUUGGAAAUAUUUUUGUCAUGCCUUUAUUUCAUAUCACACUAAAAGAAAUAAGUAUAUGCUUAUGUGCAUAAACUAUACUUUUGACUUCUCAAAGGAUGAAUAGAAAUGAUUUAGAGUCUAAGACACUUUCAGCAAUGUUCAGGCAUCUUGGCCAUAUAUCUCAGAGUAGACCCAAUCAUUUGCCCUGAAAGAGCAUGGUAUAAAAUAUCCAAUAUUCCACUGGAAAUUCCAGUUGAAAUAUUCUGCACUAAACUAAUGUUUUUAUUAAAUUUUAGUUUACAUUUUUUUAGCUUGAUGCAAGCACAAAGCUUGAUUUUUUUACUGCAAAGGAUUUUACUUUGGGGGUGGGGGAAAUGGGAAUAAAGCAGUCAAAUUUAAUUUGUAUUUUCUUCCUUUGAGUUUUCCUUGGCCUUGGAUUUUCCUUAUAACAUUCUGUAUAUGUGCUACAAACUGCAGACUCUUCAGAUGCAUCAAUACAUUCCUCCUUUAUGAGUCAUUCAACUUUUGUGAUUACACAUAUAGAGCAGCAUGACUUGAAACUCUUCAAAGCUGCAUGCGUGUUUUGUAAAAAAAAUUAAUGAAAAAGAAAAGAAACAAAAGGUUAUUUAAUAACAUGUUAGUUCAAUAUAGGCCAGCUUGUAUGUUGCAUGUACUUGUACAGUUUGCUUGUUAAUUACUAUACUGAAAUACCAAGAAAUCUAAGCCAUCCAUUUUUGUUAUAGACAUUUUGCAGGUGUUAGCCAGACUUAGUCUUUGAGUCUGGGGUGAAAUGUCUAUAGAUGGACUUUAUUUUUUAUCCUUUGGAAAACGUGAUGUAGUAUGGACCAAAUUCCUCCUAAUAAAUAUUUUGGUGUAGAUUCCUACUGUGGGACUGUAACACAUGUAGACACUGUGUACACACUAGGUUUUAAUCCAUAGACAUACUGCCUGCACCAAGUGAAUUCUGUAUUAUUAUUUACACAUGCCAGACUUAUUUGCCCAUCAUUCCACAGGGCACAGAUUGACCACUGCUCACUGCUGAGCAGGAAGAACUGAAGCAUUGGUGUACUUCUACUAGAUUCCGUUCUGUCUUAGUGGCCAACAAUCAACUAAUUAUAAUUGGGUAGUAUCUUUCUAUUCUGACCACUUGUCUUAACACUCCCCUGUGCUUUUAAAUGAACUUCAAACUCAUGUAUGUAAACAUGUUUAAUAAAAUUUACUUUUCAUGUCAGUA